UACGUCACACCCGGAAGAGAAGCGGCUGAUGUUAUGAUGUUGUGUUCAGUGGAGCUCAUGGAGGAGAUGGGGGAGAUGGGGGAUAUGGGGGAUAUGUUGGUUGUUACAGUAACUCCAGCUGAACUAUGACAUGUCUCACUCGUCGAGAAGCAACCCAGUUUCCUCCUGUUCACCUGGAAAACAAUAACUUCUGUAAGUUAAAUGAAUUUGUAGUAAAAUAGCUAGAUAUUUUUGUAGCUAACUUAAUGUAGCAUUCAUCCAGGUCACCUUCAGUCAGUGUUUACUAAUGAUUAUGCAAAAGGGUAUUUCGUCCUAGAAGACAUGCACAUGUGGACAAAGUCCCCUCCUUGACCUGGACUGAGCUAACAGACAUUUGAUGAUGAAGAUGAUGGCCACCUUUGCAGCCAGAGCAGCCCUCCUCAACCUGAGGAACUCUUUGCAGAAAGCAGGCUCCUUCACCAGAAGCAGACUCAUCCAGACCUCCAGGACCUGUUUGGUUAAAAGAGGGCACCUUUUAACCCAGAUCCCCAAGGUGACGUUGCUGUGUUGGGGUGCAGUCAAUGCAUCAUCCUGUGCAGCCAGAUGCCAGGAGGCAAUUCUUCCACGCCAAGCUGACAAAAAGUCUCUAGUCAAAGUCCAAGUUCACAAAGUUGUGUUUUUCCUGCGCCUCAGCCUUCGUGCAUUGGUGCUGCUCCUCAAAUUUGGCCCCCUGCUCCUCCUGUGCCCCUUGGCUCUGAUGUCCACUCGCCUGGUGUCUUACUGGCUGGACGCCCUGCUGUGGGUGACUGAAACAUCUGGUCCCACUUUCAUCAAGCUGGGUCAGUGGGCCAGCACCAGGCGGGACAUCUUCCCUCAGGAGUUCUGCGAGCGUUUCUCCAGGCUUCACGUGAAGGUGCGUCCUCACUCCUGGACCUACACCAAGCAGUGUCUCCGCAGGGCUUUCGGGGAAGGCUGGAGGAAGGUUUUAAUGUUUGAGAGCAAAGAGCCGGUGGGUUCGGGAUGUGUGGCGCAGGUGUACAGAGGUUGGGCGAAGGCGGACCAGGUGGAAGACCCGGCCUUCCAGUCGGUGGUGGAGGAGAUGGAGAAAGAAGACAUGUUGGAAGCCUGGGAGAUCCCUGGUCUGGGAGGAGUGGCCAGGUCCCUGUGGCAGCUCUGGAGGGGGAGUAAGGAGGAGGAGAGCUAUGAGGAGAGAAGUCUCUUCAGCGGAGCAGAGAAGGAGCAUCUGAUACCUGUGGCUAUCAAGGUGGUCCAUCCAGGCGUCAGGAGGCAGGUGGAAAUUGACCUCAUGCUGAUGAAAACGGGCAGUUGGCUCGUGCAGUGCCUGCCCGGACUCAAGUGGCUCAGUCUGUGGGAGAUAGUAGACGAGUUUGAGAAGCUCAUGACCAAACAGAUUGAUCUCCGUUUUGAGGCCAAGAACAUCGAGCGUUUCCAGGAAAAUUUCCGCAAUGUGGAUUAUGUCAAGUUCCCAACUCCGUUACGCCCAUUCGUCACUAGGAGCAUCUUAGUGGAAACUUUUGAAGAGAGUGAGCCCGUAUCUAACUACCUGAGCCCCGAGAUCCCUCAGGAGGUGAAGAACAGAAUAGCCAGGAUGGGAAUAGAGACCAUGCUGAAGAUGGUUUUUGUGGACAACUUUGUCCACGGGGAUCUCCAUCCCGGGAACAUCCUGGUCCACCGUGGGGGGCCUCUUCCUGGUUCCACUGACGGUGCCGGUACAUCAGGGGAGGCCCACGGUAAGACCACCCUCACCGACUUGUGGGACACGGUGGUGGUCAGCGUCAGGCCGGACCCGUGUCCUCUCCAGUUGGUGCUGCUGGACGCCGGCAUGGUAGCCCAGCUCAGCGACUACGAUCUUGCUAACCUCAGGGCUGUCUUCACAGCUGUGGUGCUGCAUCAGGGUGAGCGAGUGGCAGAGUUGAUCCUGAAUCACGCUCGGGCCAAUGAGUGCCAGGAUGUGCCGCGGUUUAAGAAGGAGAUGGCCCAGCUGGUGGACAAGGCCCUCAGCAACACGCUCUCUCUGGGAAAGUUCCAAGUGGGUGAAUUGCUCUCCAGAGUCUUUGGUCUACUCAUCGAACACAAGGUGAAGCUGGAGAGUAAUUUUGCCUCUGUUGUGUUUGCCAUCAUGGUACUGGAGGGUCUCGGCAGGACACUCGAUCCCAACUUGGACAUCCUGGAUUUGAUCAAACCUGUGCUGCUGAAGAAGUGUGCCUCAGUGCUCUGACACACACACAUACACAUAUAUACACACAGACAGAGCUCAAGCACAGUGGACCACACACACACACCAGACACCUGGAAGUACACACAGGUACUAAGCUAUAUCUACUGUAUACAUAUAGUGCAUCCAUAGAUAAGGUACAUACUGCAUCUUCCUAAUGCUGUGAUGAUAGUUUGUCUUCAAGUUUACAAAGAUUCCUCUGUGGAUCACCGUGUCAUCACUACAUUUUAGCAGUGCCCUAAAUACCAUCCACUGUCUGGUUGAAGUCCGAACAUUUCCCCCACAGGAGAAUCAUCUUCCAGGCACCUCUAACUGAGCCGAAUGAACGAGGGUGUGUGCGCUUUACCACUUGUUUAUUGAGUGCUAAUGGACUCAGACACAUUAGCAGACACACAGAUGGCAUCAGAGGACCAUUUGUAGUGAUUUAAAAUAUACUUGCAAAAAUCCCUAGUUAACACUUCAAAGCACAUGUUUUACUUUUUAAUGACUAAUAUUGAUCUUUUAUCACUCAAUCUUUUAUUGUGUUUUAGAUGAUGUUGUCUAAUGGGCCAUAUUUGCUUUAGUGUGAAUCUGAAUGUACUGAAACAUCGACAACAUGCGAAGCUAAUUGUACUCACAACUCUCAUGUCUUUUAACUUUCCAUUAAAAUAGUGGCAUCAUUUGUAUGAAUUAUGCAUAUCAAUAAAAAGGGAAUGCUAA